GGGCACGUGUCCUAUUCCCGGGAGGGUGAUCCAGAGGGCACCAGUCCCAGCCCUGGCCGGAGGGGUGCAAGGGGGCACCAGUCCCAGCUCCAGGAGGCUGGUCAGUCCCAACCCUGACAGGGGAGACCCGGGGGGGGGGACACUGGUCUUAGUCCCAGGAGGCCAAUCCGGGAGGCACCAGGUUAGCUGGUUGUCAUGUUCUCUGUGGGCUGCCCCGCUGGAGGCGGUGGCUCUUGUUCUCCCAGCAGCCCUUGGCCAUGAGAAUGGGCAGCGCAGGGUCCUCAGGCAGGGAGGAGCGGCUGCCAUCGGGUGCGGAGGAGCAGCUGAAUGGUGGGGAUCAGACACUGGAGCUGACCGGGCGGCACCUGAAGCGGCUGCCAGGCCCAGUGUGUGCCCUGGGCAGCCUGCAGAAGCUCUACAUCAGUGGCACUGGGUUGCGGGAGCUGCCCGAGGAGAUCGACGGACUGCGGGAGCUGCGCAUCCUGGCACUGGACUUCAACAAGCUGGAGGAGGUACCUGAGGCAUUAUGCCGCCUGCCCCGUCUCACCCGCCUCUACCUGGGCAGCAACCGCCUCUUUGGCCUCCCUGCAGAAUUUGCCCAGCUCCAGACUCUGCGCUGCUUGUGGAUUGAGAACAACUACCUGUACCAUUUUCCUCGGGCCUUGCUCCAGAUGCCUGCACUGCAGUCCUUGCAGAUGGGUGACAAUCGACUCCGAGCACUGCCGGGCAGUCUGCCGCGUAUGACUGGCCUCCGGGGACUCUGGCUUUAUGGGAAUCGCUUUGAGGAGUUCCCACAGCCCCUGCUCCGCAUGUCCCAGCUCCAUAUCCUUGACCUGGACCGCAACAAGAUCAUCGACUUCCCAGACCUGGCCCACCUGAAGGGGUUACGGCUCUUUUCCUAUGACCAUAAUCCAGUUAAAGCACCACCCUGUGUGGCUGACACUGUCACCCUUGUGGGCGAUGGGGCCCAGGAGCUGAUGGAGGCCAGGGAGGAACGUCUCCAGAGCCUGCGGGAGCAGGAGGAGCAGGAUGAACAGGAGGAGAAUGGCUCAGAAGCCAUGCAGGGCAUCCUGAGGAAUGACUCCUCUCUGCUAGAGGAUGCUGAAGGCAGUUUCUCUGCCCUGGAAUGCUCCCCAGAAGAAACAUGAGAAUGGGCACUACAACAACAUGGUUGCUGCUCAGAAAAUCUGGUGGACGCUGGUGGGCUGGUAGAUCCGCUUCUGCGCUGCAAGGGGUGAGAGUUUGCAUGGACCAUCUCUGGCCAUGGGUAGCCACAGUCUCCCAACUAGAAUCAUGGGUAACUACCAGUCCAGGGAGUCAUUAUCUUCUUGCAUGAGACAGGAAAACCAUGAAUCAAAAGGGUUGCUGUUUCCUUGCUGGGACCACAGACAGCAAAGUGGAGCAUCAUCUAUCUGCAGGAGUGCUGGGCAAUCACUGCACCCCUGAGGCAUCCUGCAUAGCCACAGGAUGUGGGGGUUGGCAGGGUUGAAACCACAAUGCUGUUGUGUUGGAUAAUCCCAUUGGACCAGCUCUGUGGGAGGAUGGUCCCUGUUUGAGAUGGGCAUUGAUAAGAGCUGGCCUUCUCAGAACAGCCAGCCUGUGGUGGAAGCCUGGAAUUGAAAGGACUUUAAUGUGACAAUCUGUGGCUGUUUGGUUAGGUAUCUAUGAGUGAUCCCUGCUCCUAGCCAACCGGCCCAUUGCCACGGGACUCAGAUGCAAGACAGGAAAAAGCCAUGCUGUUUGGUUUGGUGGUUUUUUUUUAAUUCCCUUGGACUCCACGCCCUGGAGGGCUACAGGGUUCGAGUAUGAACAGAAAAGCUUCUCACAUCCUAGAGAUUCCUAUUCUGCUACUGGAAUUAGACUCAGAGAGAAACGUCUCCCAAGCUGCUCCUUCCAGCUGUCAGCUUUGAAAAGAAGCUGAUAGGAAAGCCUUGUUUGUGCACAGUACUCGCUCUCUGGCCUGGAAAGGGUUUUUGCCUCCGCUCUUUGUAUGGUGGGAAAAGGAGCCCCGUGUGCUGCUUUGCAGGCUGCCUGGACUUUCCAUUCCCUUAAAUGGGCACAGAAGCAAAAGCUGGUAUGAACUGGGCCACCAGGACUGUGUGCGUCCGGGGCAGUGGGGUGGCAGCAGCAGGACUCUCUCCAACUCUCCCUUUCCUCCUGGGGGUGGCAGGCUCAUUCUCAUUCCCCCACGGGCUAGAUUUGUACCAAAUCUAAGCAAUAAAAAGUAGAAAACUG